AUGACUGGCAGAGCACGUGGACCUGGCCUAUUUUUCAUUCUGCCCUGCAUCGAUUCAUAUAGGAAAGUGGAUUUGCGUGUGGUUUCGUUUGAUGUCCCACCACAAGAGAUUUUGUCUCGAGAUUCGGUGACGGUAGCUGUGGAUGCAGUUGUGUAUUUCCGCAUUUCGAACGCAACAAUAUCUGUAACGAACGUUGAGGAUGCAAGCCGAUCAACGAAGCUACUGGCUCAAACAACACUCAGGAAUAUACUAGGAACAAAAACGUUGGCUGAAAUGCUUAGCGAUAGGGAAGCUAUCUCCAUACAAAUGCAAGUAAGGCCUGAUUUUUUACAUUCGGAAGCUGCUCUGAUACAGUAUUUUUGCUGA